AAUGACCCCUCCAAAAAGUCAUCAAAGUCAUGAAAGCAUUUUUAUUAGUAUUUCAGCCUAACUCAUAUAAUUCUCUCCCCUUUUCUCUCUUUCCUUCCUUCCCCCUCGUGUUAGUUGUUAUAUGACUUUAAAGUACCCCACUGUGUUUUUUAUUUCAUUUCUUUCUUUAUUUCUCACUGUGUGAGUGUGUGUUUAUGUCAUUUUUCUUUCAUUAUAGUAUUCAUUUUUUCCCUUUCUGUUGAGUUUCUGCAGAGAAGUUUUUUUGAUUCUGACAAGAAGGCGACUUCAUAAGUCUCUCCCACACACAAGGGGGGCUUAUAUUGUAUCCCAAGAUUCAUAAUAAUUUGAUAGCUCGAUCUAUCAAUAUGGACAUGUGACUUGCAAAGAUCUCUCCAAAGCUUUCUUCUCUUUUUAUUUUUAUUUUUUAAGGUAUCCCCACCUUCUGUUUUAUCUGUUUCCCCCUCCUUUCUUUUUCUUUGUUUUUUCGUUUCUCUGCUGUUGGCCUGUGGGCUUUCUUGAUGGUACAUACAUAUAUACUUCACUCUCUUUUGCUGUCUUUUUUUUUUAACCAACUAUUCAAUCGAUUUCCCGAACUCCUUUUUACAAAUUUUUCGGGGAAUCUAAGGAUAUGUUAAGAUGAUUGGCUUUCUUGGAGUUUCUGAUGAAUUCAUGUACUGGAUCUUUGAUUUCUUGGUGUUUAGUCAUAAGUCUUAUUUCUUUGGUAAUUUCUUUCAGGUUCUUUCAGAUUCGGCUUUGAUGGCGGUUAUGAAGUAAACUCUGAUCAAAUCGACCGAUUUGAUAUUAAAAGUGACAAGAAGAAAAGGGUUUUUCAUUUUUCUAUUGGCUCUUGGAUAUUGUUUCUUCAAGAUCUCUGUCAAGCUAGCUACAUAUUUUUAGCUAUGUACUAUCAGAGCAGCUCAGAAAUCCAAGGUGAUGGUCUUCAAACACUUUAUCUCAUGAACCCUAAUUUCACUGGUGGUGGUGGUUAUUCAGAAUCCCAACAACAACCACAACAACAAGGGUCGCAGCAUCAGCAACAACCAACUGCCGCCAACAUGGUGAUUCUGAACUACGCCGCAGCGGCCGGAAACCCGAUGAAUUUCGCCGCCAUAGCCAGUGGCCAGCAGCAAGCUCAAACUCAGCACCAUCUCGUCGGAGUUCCACUUCAUCAGUCAAAUAAUAAUAAUAAUUCUAGUAAUGAUUUGAAGCUAGUAAACCAUCUGUCAGUAGAUUCAUCCCACCAGCAUGAACAUCCGAGUCCUGCUUCCCGGCCGCAGCCGGGAACCGGUACUCAUGUUAUCCCUCAUUUCCACCAUGGUCUGUGGGGCUCACUUGACCAUACCGGAGUUGGUGGCGGUAGUCCAAGUACUCAUCAUAUUCCGUCUGGGGUGGUGAUUAGUAAUAAUAAUAAUAAUCCGGUCGAUGUCGGCGGGACCCAACUCGGGUUUCACCGGCCGCCGCCGACGUCACAGCAGCAAGGUUUAUCUCUCACGCUUUCUUCCUCCCAACAACAACAUCAUCAACAACAACAUGGGUAUUUAGUAAAUACUCCGAUUGGGAUAUUAUCUCCAAGAAACGUCGCAACUGGUUUGAGUGGAUCUUCCUCGUCGGUUUCAAACGGGAUCCCGCCGUCGGGAGGAUUUCAGGGCACGGUUUUCGGGUCCAAAUAUCUGAAAGCUGCUCAGGAGCUGUUAGAUGAGCUUGUUAAUGUCGGAAAGUCGGACGAGAAAGGUAAAGAGAAAGGAAAGGUACAUAAAGAAUUAUCUACCGGUUUGACUGCGGUAGAAGCUUCACAACAAACGGGUCAGAGUGACAGUAAAACUUCCCCGACCACUGAACUUACCGUGGCUCAGAGGCAAGAGCUUCAGAUGAAAAAGGCUAAGCUUGUUAGCAUGCUCGAUGAGGUGGAGCAAAGAUACAGGCAGUACCAUCAUCAAAUGCAAAUUGUCGUUGCUUCAUUUGAGCAAGCUGCCGGAAUCGGGUCGGCGAAAUCGUACACCCAACUUGCUUUGCAGACGAUUUCAAAGCAAUUUAGGUGUUUGAAAGAUGCAAUUUCUUCACAAAUAAAGUCAGCGAGCAAAAGCUUAGGUGAAGAUCAUGAGUCCUUAGGAGGAGGGAAACUUGAGGGUUCUAGGCUUAAGUUCGUUGACCAACAAUUAAGGCAACAAAGAGCACUCCAACAACUUGGGAUGAUGCAAAACAACACUUGGAGGCCUCAAAGAGGUUUGCCUGAACGAGCUGUUUCAGUCCUUCGUGCAUGGCUUUUCGAGCAUUUCCUUCAUCCUUACCCUAAGGAUUCGGACAAACAAAUGCUGGCUAAGCAAACAGGGCUUACGAGAAGCCAGGUAUGCAUAAAUCAUUCUCAGCUUCCGCAAAUCUCACGAGUGAUUUUUUUUUUUCUUGUUUUAAAUGGAGGAUGGAGGGAACCAAUUUCAACUUCUGUUUAUCAAUCAUGUCUACACAGUAAACAAUAUCUUCUUCUUUUGUGAAUAUUGAUCAUUCCCUGUGUCCUAUCUAUAAUAAAUGGUAAAGUUUAUAUAAGGUACUAUUUCUGUACUAAAAUAAUUAUCCAGUUUAGAUUAUCAUUUUUAGUAUAAUUAGUACUAAAAUUGAAAUUCUAAACUAGACAAUCAUCUCGAGACGGAGGAGUACAAUGUUUUCAAAAAUAUAUUUGGCAAGGUACAACAAAAAUAGGGAGCCAUACACCUGCCAUCAUUUUCUUAAUCUCAAUAAUAAAAAAUUUAAUCCUAUAAAUUAAUCUCUUUGUCCCGAAAUGAUUGUUCAGUUUAAAUUUUUAUUUUUGGGUUAAAUUGUACGAAAAGUAAAAAUCCGAACUCGAUAAUCAUUUUGUGACACGAGUGAAAAAAUUGAACCGGAAGCAUUUUGUUGAGCCUGAAACUAAAAACUGUGAUUUUUUUUUUUUUAAUAAAAAAUCGCUGGUGGAGGGAAAAUAAUUUGAGAAACAAGGACGAGAGAGAAAGAAGGCAUCCUUAAAACAAAAUGCGUAAGCCUUAAAUCGUAAUGAUCACAACAUACACAAGAAAAGGGAGGGCAGAGAGUAAAUCCUCUCCCUCCCACCAUGAAGUCACUUCACCUUGUUGAUUUGUCAAAUUAAUUACCAGAGUUUUUAGUGUUUCCUUUUUCCCUCAUAGGGGCAUAAAGAAAUUUCAACUAACUGUAGAAGAAAAUACUGCAUGCAGGUCUCGAACUGGUUCAUAAACGCUAGGGUUCGACUUUGGAAGCCUAUGGUUGAAGAAAUGUACUUGGAAGAAACCAAGAAUCAGGAACAAGAUGGUUCUGAACCCAACAAAGAACUGGGAUCGCAUUCGAAAAACCCAAAGGAGAACGAUAAUGCAGCAAGAAUGGAUCAAAUGAAUGCUCCACAGUCCAAGCAGCAAGAAAAGACAUUAGGUCAUCAUGAUUCAAGUGACCUAGCAACCUCAUCUCCUACUAACACUUCCCCCCAAGCUGUUCGAACUGGUAAUUUCGGCCUAAUUGAAGCCCUAAACAUCCAAGGAAGCGCCGAAAAGAAUAGCAAGAAAAUGAGAAACAUUGAUCAUCAAAUGGAGAAUUCCCCAAGUAGUAUCCUUUCUGUGGACAUGGAGAUGAAAUUUGGAGAUGCGAGAAAAGGAUCAUCAUCAUCAUCAUCAUUCCAUAACGGAUUCGGAGCAUUCGGCCUAGGAGAACUUGGACAGUUUAAUCCAGGGCAACUCGCAACCACAGGGUUUCAUGGAAACAGUGUUUCUCUAACACUUGGUCUUCCUCCAUCUGAUCAUCAAAACUUGCCCUUAUCAACAACACCAAGUCAUCAUCAUCAUCCGCAGAACUAUCUUUCGGAGCAAAUGGAUCAAGGUCAUUAUAAUGAUCAAAGGGUUAACAACAAAUCUCCAACAACUUCCCAUCCAAACAUGGGUUAUGAGGCCAUUAACUUCGAUAGCAGGAAGCGAUUCGCCGCACAAUUGUUGCCCGAUUUCGUGACUUGAUGAUCAUGAAUUGAUCCCAAGGAAUUUACAGUAUAUAUAGGUUGAUCAAGUGAUCAAGAUCGAUUCAAUAUAGGAAUUGAAAUGGUUUCCAUUAUUUUUCAGUCUUAUAGCUAGUUCCCCAGAACAGCAUGUAUACUUGAUAGGGUAUAGGAUUAUACAAAGUGUGGGUGAAUAAGAUUAUAAGAAUUAGAUUUCCUAAAUUAGCUAUCAGCAAAAACGCCUCAAGUUGAAUGCUUGAAUAUGGCAACAUCACACUAGCGAAAGAUUAAGUUUGUAAAAUCAAUAUUUAUUUUAUCAUUAUGUGCAUAUGUUUGCAGAUUUUAGUGCUUUCCAAGUUCACGAAAAAGUUUAACAGACUAAACUACGAGAGGAAAAUAGUCAAAGCUCUCAUACUGUCUUUCAACUGAAGAUCAUACAUUCUUCAAUUCAAAGAAUCUUCCUGAAUCUCUUAAAUGGUUGUAAUAGGAUCUCCUUAGAUCCCGGAGUUACUCUUUGGAAAUGUCAAAAUGAAUCUUGUGUGAGGAGAUUGCGAAAGCGUUAUAUUUAUAAUAUUUAAC